AUGUCAUACAAGGUUGAGGAGCUGCUCGCUCUCAGGGACUCCGUUUCCGAGUCUGCCGUAUCGAUCGAGAAGUUCGCCGAUGAGGAUGUCAUCAAAGAACACGUUUUGCGACCUUCCGCAUCAGCUACUUUGGCCGUUAAGUCUUCGACCAAAAGCCUUCUUUCCUCCGCUACGCCUGCUCUCGCUCCAGCGGCUCCUGUCAAGAAGCCUUCGCCAUCCCCUUCGAUCAAGCGUGGAAAAGCCGAGAGGCUUCUCAAGGAACACGGCAGCCCUCCGGGUAUGCGCGUCACUGCCGGUGGACGUAUCGUGCCGAGCGAUCAACCGCCUGUGCUGAAUCAUCGCUUCAUCAACAACGGGUUCAAGCCCCCGGCAGCUCGGGGGGUCCCUCUCACCGAUGUAAUGUCCGCGCAGUCGCGCCUAGAAAACAACAACGGUCCGCGGCUGGAAGUCGUUGGAAGCCAGCCUGUACUCUAUGUCGGCGACCGAGUAUAUGCACUUCCAGCUCUCGAUGCGACAAAGUCGGGUGCUUCAUUCUUGGUCUCCACGAGCUUGGAGUCGGCACCAAAGCCAACGGAGCCCGUCCCAGGAGUUUCCGCUCGAAGUAGCCUCACUGGCCUGCCUCCAGGCCCUCAGAGAGUGAACACACCGUCGCCGUUAUCUGGACUAGAUCUUUCAGCUCUCAAAAUCCAGCAAACACUCAAGAAGCAAGAACUUCGUACUGUCGAACAGACAGAGGUGUUGCAGGCAAGCCACCAGACUGAAGUGUGGCGCGCCAGUGUGAUCGAGAAAAAGCGAAAUUUGAUCAUCGAGCUCGAUGCACUACGCAAGCAGAUUACUGCGCUCGAGGUCACCGAGAACAACACUGCUCCACCUGUCAAGUCCACUGGCUUUGCCAGUGCUCUGGGACUAGAUUCUGAAUCUAUACCACCGCCUCCGUUUGUUCCUCAAUUCCAGCAACCCAUGCCGUCUCCGCUGUACGGAUUCCCUGGUACGCCUUCAUAUCCUCCAAUGAUGAUGUUCCCAUCAUCAUUCGGGGGCUACGCCAGCAUCCCAGCCACCGAGCCUGCGCCCUUUGUGCAGAAUUCCUUACAGCCGCCGCAGUCUCCUAGCUCUGCGAGUCGGCGGUCCCACGCGAUUCAGAUCAAACCACCCCCGGAGGAAAACAAGAAGCUGGUCAGCUCAGCGCUCGAUCCGAAGAGCCCAACUUGCGAGCCUACAACCAAGGCAGCAACCACUGGGAAGGGAGCUGUUCCUCCAAUGCCGUCACCAGCGAAGCGGUCUCCGGGGCGAAUCAAUGGUGGUCACGAGUCAGACCUACCAGGCAAUCGAAGUCUUUCUCAGAAGCCCAGUCUGUCCAGCAUCGAUACAACAGAUUUCUUCCCUACCAACACACAUGAGCACUCUUCUACCCGAGUUGCGCCGCAAGUCAACGAUUCGAGGUCGACCACCAAUGAGACCUCUGUGGUUCCCUCGACACCUGAGAAAAACUGGCCAGCUAGCCCUUGGAACGAAGGGAAUUCCAGUCGCUCUGGCCACAAACCGGUCGCCAAACUAACGUCGUGGCCGGAGGCGUUUGGCAAGAAGCCCUCUAGCGGAUCACUACAACAGCUUGCAGCCGCUCCAACUUCCGCGGCCGUGCAAGAGCGCAUGCCGCCCUCUUCCGCGGAGCCUCUGAAGCCAGUCUGCUCGGGCAUCACCUCAGGACGCAAGACUACCGACCAGCGAUUUAGUACGGACGACACCUGGCCAUUGCUCAGUUCCAAGCCAGCCAGCCACCUACCUUCCACCUAUCAAGAAGGUUUUCAAGCUGGCUAUGAUCAUGUAGGAAUACCAGACAGUCCCGACGUUCUGAAAGGUUACAUCCAAGGACUUGUUCAAUUUCUGCACGACGAAAAUAAACGUGGUCGAAACAACUCUCUUCGUGGUCUAGUCGCCAGCUCUCAACCUCAUGACUCUGCCAUUAGUAUGACCUUCAACCGUCCUGAUGCACUCGUCAGUGGCCAGGAGAAUAAUCGGUCCACGAGGGUCGAUGGUACCAUGGAUAUGCGCAAGGAGUCAGCAUACCACACACCUGAAUCUCCUUUCAUGUACACAAUUUCCAACAACGCCGCUCAAGAUCAACGAACACGCAACCUGACACCCAAAAUCUAUACAAAUUCUACCAGUACCUUUGAUCGAGUCUCGCCUGCGUACCAACAGCACGCUUUUCUGUCGACGGAGAAUGGCAUGAUAAUAAAGGAAUCAGACAGAGGUAGUAUGUCCCGGGCUGAGGCCAUGAAGCUUGGUCAUACACACAGGCAGUUCGCUGGCAUUCAACUCACCAAUCGGACUCAUGGACCGCCUAUGCCCCUCCAGUGGAAUAACCUGACUCCAAAAGAUUUUGGCAUAGCAGCUUCCGGUGGAGGUGAUUCUUCUUUCGCGCGGCCUAUGGCUAACCGGCGCGUAUCAGGCUUUGACGGUGCGAUGGAUGAUCUGGCAGAGAUGGUUGUUGAUACCCACAUCACUGAGCAACAGCAGCAUCAGACACCACCACCGAACCUGUCUUUUGCAGCGGGAAGUCAUCGCCAGGUCGCCGCUCCUAGUUCUUCGGCAUCCGUGGAAGAGGAGGCUUCCUGUUUCCGGCCUUCGUCUGGCAAGGGGAAGCAGAAGAUGACUUCGUCUCCUGCCAAACCGGGAUCAGACAAGCGAAGCGACGCUCUUGGGCUAUCACCGACGACUACGCCUGAUUCGCCCAAUAAGUUAGGGGAGCACUCACCAGCCAAGGCAAAGCUGGAACAGGUCACCAAUAAAUUCAGGCGCAAGAAGAAAGAUACACGCAACCUUUCACCAGAGCAGAAGAAGGAGCGUGCAAACAAGUGGCGUGAACGCUUCGGACAGCUCAGGGAAGAGGACGCGAAGACAAUUCAUGACUACAAACAGAGCCAUCCCUCAAUUGCGGAGCGGCGUUGAGCGGGAGAUUGAUCGUCUCCAGUCCUCGACAUGUCGACCAAGCCGAUGAGGCACACUCUUCUUAUUCACUUUCUUGCUCUGGCUUU